AUUUCAACAUCUUGAGUGUGUGCGCAAAUACAACCCAGUAAGAAGGUAGGUAGUAGAGCUGUAUUCAAGUGCAUGAAAGCUGUGCUACCCCGACAUGUCCCUGUCAAAAUGCCUUUCUUUUUUCCAUCUACUGUGGAGAAAGGAAAAUGACAAAUCAAGUAUCCAAAUUCAUUCAUACAAAAACCCAAGAACCUGAAGAGUAAGAUCUGAGUGAUGACGAUCAAAACCCACAUAAAAUAUUCACACGACAAUCUCUCUAAGAUUAAAAAAAUCCCCGCCGACAGUCUAACCCAGCCCUAAACAUGCGUGAUGUGUUGGGUGGUCCCAAAGAGAGUCAUUGUUAACUGUAGUUGAGAAAUUAAACCCCACCUGCCCCGACCUGAGUCUGAAGUGAAUUGUAACGCCUUUACUAAGCUGGGAAAAUAUAGAUUUAGUAUUACUGUUUGUAGGUGUGUACUUAAUUGUGUGAUGAUAAUAUAUGUUUUUGUAGAGUUGAAGAGACAGAGUUGAGGAGCUGAGGGGUUGCUGAGCAUCUAAGCGAAGACAUUUUGCUGGAUUAGGAGUCCCCAUCAUCAUGGAGGCACUCAACUGCAGAAGAUGGCGUUUCACAUCUCAAAUGCUGCUGGCCUUCAGUUUAACUCUAGUCUUUGCAUUCUGUCCAACUGGUGCUUAUGACCCACUAGAUCCAAAUGGCAACAUAACAAUCAAAUGGGAUGUCAUUUCCUGGACUCCAGAUGGCUAUGUGGCCGUUGUGACUAUGAACAAUUUUCAGCAGUACAGACAUAUCCAGGCUCCUGGAUGGACAUUGGGAUGGACUUGGGCAAAGAAAGAAGUGAUCUGGUCAAUGGUUGGCGCCCAGACAACACAGCAAGGAGAUUGCUCUCGAUACAAGGGAAACAUUCCACAUUGUUGUAUGAAAACUCCAACUGUUGUGGAUUUGCUUCCUGGAACUCCUUAUAACCAACAGAUUGCUAAUUGUUGCAAAGGUGGAGUGAUUGCCUCUUGGGCCCAAGAUCCUGUAAAUGCUGUAGGUGCUUUCCAAGUUAGUGUUGGUAGUGCAGGGACAUCAAAUACAACAGUGCGCUUGCCCAAAAAUUUUACUCUCAAGGCACCUGGUCCAGGAUAUACUUGUGGCCCAGCCAAGAAAGUUAAAUCCAGUUUAUUUCUAUCUGUAGAUGGCCGCCGGUUCACUCAAGCCCUUAUGACAUGGAAUGUAACAUGUACAUACUCCCAAUUUCUAGCCCAGAAAACUCCAACUUGUUGUGUUUCACUAUCAUCAUUCUACAAUGAUACUAUAGUUCCAUGUCCAGUUUGUACGUGUGGUUGUCAGAACAAUAUUACACAACCAGGCACUUGUGUAGAGCCAAAAGCACAGUUGCUGAAAACUCCAGGUAUAAAUACACCAACUAAGAACUUUGCCCCUCUCAUACAGUGCACCCCCCACAUGUGCCCAGUUAGGAUACACUGGCACGUUAAGUUGAAUUACAAAGCAUAUUGGCGAGUGAAAGUUACAGUCACAAAUUUCAAUUACAGAAUGAAUUACAGUCAGUGGAACAUUGUUGCUCAGCAUCCAAAUUUUGACAACAUAACUCAACUUUUCAGCUUCAACUAUAAGCCACUAACUCCAUAUGGGACAAUAAAUGAUACUGCAAUGCUUUGGGGAGUGAAAUACUAUAAUGACAUGCUUAUGCAGGCAGGGCCUGAUGGAAAUGUGCAAUCUGAAAUACUUUUCCAGAAGGACAUGCGAACAUUUACUUUCAAACAAGGAUGGGCUUUUCCACGGAGAAUAUAUUUCAAUGGUGAUGAUUGCGUGUUGCCACCUCCAGAUGCUUAUCCAUGGUUGCCAAACUGGAGUACUUCCCUGCAGAUUGAGAAGGCCUUUAUAUUUGUUGUUUCUCUCUUGGUUUCAGCAUCUCUGUUGGCCUUCUUGUAGGUUGUUGCCCACAUUUAUGGCAGCUGUUUCAUAUAACGAAGUCAUCUUAACAUACAACCUAGAGUUACCUGAAACCGUGAAGAGUUUCAAUCAUCUUCAUGAAGGGCACCAGAAAGUUGGAUGCCUAAGCCUGUACCUGAAUUUGUGUCAUAGAUAAUUCUUUGGUAGGGUAUAAUUACCUAUUUUAAGUUGAUUCUUUGUAAGGUAAUUGUUAGCUAUGUUCAGUUCUAAGUUGUUGAAGAGAUGGCACAUUUGUUACAUAAGCGUCCAAAGUUCAAGCAGGGCGGUGUUUCUUGUCAAACAUUGUGAAUGACAUCUCAAUAAUAUUAUCAAUUAGAAUUUUCUGUAAACUA